AUGCAGGGAGCUGGGGGUCUUGGUACCCGACUGAGUGGCGGUGUCAAGAGGCGCAACACUGUUGGCGGCCGACUGAUCCCGAAAGUGCGCAAGGAUGGCGCUUCUGAGCACGUAGAUGACAACGAUGAUGUCGACGACGUUGCGGGCAACACCGGCAUUGACAACGCCUCUGCUGCCGCAGCUGACCCGUCUAGCGGUGCUGGUCAUGCCGCUCCCUUGGGGGUCCAAGUCCAUGCUGACGACUUCAGUGAUGAGGAGCAUGAUGAGGAAGAGGAACGCACGAAGCUGCAGACGGAAAAGCAAGGGGACGGGCAACAAGACACGCUGAACAACAUCACCGAGCGUGAUGGGGCAUCGCUUGCCUCUCAAAGUCCUACUGGGAGCCCACUGGAGGGUGUUGUCGCGGCAUCUGACCAAGUUGCUAACGGGCGGCUUGCUGAGUUGGAGUGA